GAUAAUACUGGGGACUGGCAGCACAGGGAGAUGAAGAAAUCAGGGCCCAGCCUUGGUGAUGGGUGGAGAGCUGUCUGGAGCAUGUAGACCACGGUGUUGGACGACGCAAACACAGCAGUUCAGGGGCAACGGUUUGCGAGUAGACUGAGAUAAAAAGGAGCGACUCUAAUGGAAUGGAGAAGAAUCUGCGAUUCAAGGGCCACUUGUCAAGAAAGAUUCUAUGGUGGGGGGUGAAGAGGAAAGCAUGGGUGCCACGUCUUCCUGCAUCGACUCUGCAGUAAUCAGACUGGUAAAAGGUUCUCUUGGAAGGAAAAGAAGACAUAUGCAGUUGCUACCUUGAGGACAUGCCUGUCUUGUUCUGCAUAAUUCCCAGAUCUGGAAUAGCCCUUUCCACACGUAUACAGGAGAAGGCUGAUGUGUACUUCACCAGGGAACUGAUAAUCCUCUUGCAUGGUUAACGACAGUCAAACGGGUUUCUCACCUAUUGACAGCUCUCUCAUUUUGAUCAGCCAGUACGAUCAUAUUCUUUUUUUAAAUUAUUUUUAACAGUGUACUUUUUACAUUUUGAGAGGGCCCACAUUGGCAACUUGCUUAGUUUUGGGAUGAGCGGCAGAACCUGCAGACCCCGAGGUCAUCUCUCUCCUGUGUGUCCACCAUAGGGAAAUGCUGGUCGACACUCAGCACUUUUGCAGAGGGGUGCUCUGGGAAGCAGUUUUUGGUUGUCAUUAUGCUGCAACAUAAAAAUAUCUAAGUGGCUCAAGGGCUUUGACCAGUGUUAGAAAAACAUCAGUCCCAUUUGCCAGCGUGGGAUGCCAGCGUGAGAAGGCAACUUGAAAACCAGAGAUCUGUCCAUUCCAAGAAACAGAAACGCCUCCCUUGUUCUGAAUAAUGACCUCUGAGGAAACAUCUCGGCUGUCUGUGUGCCUUUAAAUAAGAAGUCGCAAUCGGUUUAUUUAUUUAUUUUUUUAAACAACAAAACCUGUCUCUUCUCUUCUCCCUACAAAGGGGCAAGGCUUUCCCUCGUGUGUGGAAUACUACAUGCGCCACUUGCCAUAGAAAGGGUGCAGUCUUGGCAAGCCUCUUAUUAGUCUAAAAAUAAAUUAUUCACAAUGCAGGUUCAGAUACAGAUUGCAAGGAGAGAUAAUAGAAUUGGUUUUCCAAGCCUGAUCAUGCUCGGAAGACAUGGUAUGUGCUUUUCAGGAAUCCACUUCAACGGAAUCAGCUUUGACGAGUACACACAAGAAAUAAUAUUGCUGCCAUCCAGCUUGUGUCUGCGGUACAGCACCCUUCCCUUGUCUUCAAGUACUCACGGUCCCUCUCCAUCAGUGUGCGUACGGAAAAGUCCACGUUACUCAAGCAUUUCUUCUGAGAUGCCGCCCUCCCAUUGUUCUUUUAAGGAAAUUUCUUCCUGGCAGCGUGAGAGGGGCACUGCCUCCUACCCCCCUUCUGCCUCGGCGGAACAGUUGACCACAGCAGCAGCCGACUCCGGCUCGUCAUGUGCUUCCUCAUGUGAUCUCCAGGGCUGCAUCACUGUGUGCACACCAAGCGUCGCCUGGCUCGCCUGCAUGGUUCCCUCUGACUCCCGCCUGAGAUGGCCCAUCGUACGCCCAGAACCCUGGAAUCGCCUGUCUGCACCCUGCGGAAGAAGGACCUACUACACGCUCUGGCCAGGGUCUCUUCAUGGCUGGAUGGGGGUCUUGGAAGACAGGGUGAAGUUGCAGAAGAUGGGGUGGGAUGCUAGGGGCAUGCAAAGAACUGGGAAGGGAAAUCUAGGAAUACUAUAUAUCAAUGCCCACCGAAGCAAAGCAUGCAGGGCGAGGGCAGCCGCAGCCCUGCCUCACGCCCCCAGCUCCGGCUGCUCUCUGGGAUUAGUCCGAGGGGACAACCCAGGCCUGGAUGUGGUGGCAUUCUCCCAGAGAGUGGGACUGAACAUGGAUGAACCAGGUACCUGCUGUGUCUGCCUGGCAGGGCAAAGCUGGAGGAAGGCAAAGGGAAAGGAAGAGAUGCUGCUGAGUGUCGUGAGAUUGCUGCUGGCUCUGCUGUCUUAGUUUAAGGGAGGAUGGCAUGAUGUAUACACCAGCACAUGCAUGGAGGAACUGUAAACUGCAGGGUGGAUGUCCCUGGUACCGUCAAGGAAGAAACUGAUGGGCUGGGUGACUAUACAGUGUCCCCAGAGAAAAAUAGCAACCUUGCGGCAUGGAGGAUUUAAGUGCAUGUGCAUGCCUGUAGAGACAUGAAAAAGAGUGUGUGAAACACACACACACAUACACACACGCACACACACACACACACAGGCACUUUGCUGGGCCGGGCUUGAUUACAGCCAGUAUUUUUAACUCCUGCUCAACACCCAUUUCCUGGCUAGCCAGAAAGCUUGGCCAGAGCAGCUGCAUGUAGACUUUUCUUUCUAAUGGCAGAGCAAGCCCGUUCAGUUUUAACUCCUUGAGUGCUCAGCGUUGGGCUAAGACUCACUGUGAGGUUUUGUUUUCUUUUUCUCCUACAGAGCCCUGUAAAUACAGCUGUAUUCAGCACGGCAGAGAAAAAAAAAUUCUGUCCCUUAAAUAGAAAUGUGAUCGAUUUAAUCAAAAUGAAUGUAUCCCAGAUGACUCUGGGGCCAGCUGGAUACCACAGGCUUUAGAAGCUAAGUGGUCAGUGGAGAUGAGCACAGUGCUCGUUUUACACGCUCUCAAAUGCUAGGAUCAGCUUUGCUUAAUAAAGGAAAUUCUUUAAGGAAGAGGGAGGGUCCUCCUGACACAGGGCUAGAUGGGGAAGUACAGGUGCUGCUGCUGGUCAUGGGAUUGGGGGGGGGGGGGUUGCUGUCGAGUUUCCAGGAGUGUGUGACAUGAGGCAGAGCCUGGCUGAUGUCAGUGCGAAGAAAGCUUGCAGUCUGCUUGCUGCUGUAGGAGGCGGGUGGCCUCUCCAUAGCCUCUGUCAGGGCUGGGCGGGUACUGGAAGAGAUUGAUAAGAGUGCGCUGGGUGGACUGAGGUCUGAGCUGGGAGCAAGCAGCUUUCCCAGUUGUCAUGGGGGCUCCCCUGGGACGCCUGUCUGGCCUGUCCACCCACUGUUUGUUAGGAAUUCUACAAAGCGGCUCUGUGUGCUGGAUUGUGUUUGGCCAGCUGUUGGUGCAUUCCUGAGGGUGGGGCAGAGGCAGGAUCUUAUUACUGUACUUCCAAACUGUAGAUCUAUGGGGAGAGAGAGAGAGAGAGAGAGAGAGAGAGAGAGAGAGAGAGAGGAGAGAGAGAGAGAGAGAAUCGGGUGUGGUGGGGGAGAGGAAAGAAACCAAGGCAAGUCUGAUAAUUCCUUCUUCUUUCUCCAAGUUGCGCUAGAGGGGAUUCAGAAGGGCUGUGAAGUGAGAGAAAAGAGAGGGUAAGGGACGGGAGCAUGGUGAAAGAGCCCUAAGACAAAGCAGAACUUCAAAGCUGCAGAGACAAGCAGAAUGUCAGCAGCUUGUAAUUAGUGGUUCAUGGUUGCGUCAGAGACUGUAUCUCUCCAAGAAUAACUGUGAUGUGUGCCACAGAGUGCAGAAGACAGUCAUAACUGAGUUAUCAAGCAUAGUUCAAACAAGGGCAGAGGCACGAAGGCACUUUCUGCUUGAAAAUCCAGUGUGGGUGGGGCUCACAGCUCAUGGGCUGGAUUCUGCCUAACUUCUGGCAGAAUGAUCAGUGUGUCGGAGGGAAUGUGUUUAUUCCACGAAACGGCGAACCCCAUAAGCGAGCAGACCGAGUACACGAGCUCUGUCACUGUAAGACAGCUUCCCGAACAGCCCCAUACUGCGCUGCUGGGUUCCUGUCCCGGGGUACACCCACCACUGUUUAUGUUUGUGAACGUCGGUGGAGGGAAUCUAAAAAGUACACACAAGUAGAUAGGUCCCGUUAAAUUCUAAAAUCCCUACCAUAGAAUUAAAUAUUGACUGCCGCUUCUGGGUCGUUCUGGUGUUCUCCAUUUAUACCUCGAAGAAGCUUUUGUUGUCCCAAAGCCAGCAGUACCCUGCUGGUUAUCCUGUGGGGCAGACGUCAUGGCACUGUCACUGAGACUUGAAGGGCACCUUCACUUCUCUCCCUCGUCUCUGGCGUCUGGAGGUGCUGGAGCUCUCUGCAGCCUCCAUGAAGAGCUGGUGGGAGGAGCUGAUUGGCCGGCGGGCUGGGGUGUUUACUCUUAUUUGUUUUCAGUGCUCCUUCACGGCAUGCAUUUAGUAUUUGUAUUUGUGUUCAUGCUGCACAAUUACUCCUGACCGGCUUUGUUUCUCUGCCCGAAGUGAAGUCAAUUUUAGUCCAGCCUCUGCAGUUGGGUCCCCGGGCAAUAAGCACAUAUGUAUUAUGUUACCCAUGUAUGCACUUUCCUUGUUAAAAUGUGGAUUAGGGGAAAUUGUAGGCAAGGAGAGCCCCGAAUAUUAAAUCAAUAGCUUUUAGAAUCGCAUGUAAUAUAAUUUAAAUAUACUCACUUUAAGGUUGCCAAAGCCUAUGUUGUCUGAGCCCAGUUAAUUUACAUCUUCGAUUUAGUGAAGGAGUGGAACCUGCCAGAUCAGAAUGCUGUAUUCUCCGCACCCAACAGGGUGGAAGACAUUAUUUUGUUUGUGUUAGUUCAAACAGCUGGUCAUUAAUGCAGUCCCCAUUUCUGGAGUGAAAUGCUGGUGGACAUGAAUGGCUGUCUGAUUAAUGCUGCCCCUCCGAGGGUCCUUCACCCAGCCAUGCUCGUGCAGAAUAAUGUAGCAUGAUGUGAUUGCGCUCUAACAGGAUAGUAUGUCAUUGUGUCACCAAGCAAUUGAGGUUAUUAUGGGGUAGGGCAGACAGACGGGACAGUGGGGUUACUAGACCGUAGCAUUUUUAGAAAUACAGGCCUGACCUACUUAGAGUUAUUCUGGCAGGCAGCUGCACGGUACAUAAAGUCUCCUGAUAGGCGGAGGCUGUUGCUAAGGGGAAUUAGCAUGAAUUUUUCCACACUGAGACUCAGCGACUGAAUGAUAAAAGCUGACUGGAAUUAAAGAGAUUUGGUUUAGCAUUGUACAGAUUGAUCUGCCUAAGUUUUUUUUUUUUUUUCCUUCUCAAGUGAAGGGAAAGAGUGCAAAAAUACAGAUUUUUUGUUGUUGUUAUUUCUGUUUGUUAUUUGACCUUCUCCUUCUCUCCCUUCUGCCCUUCAGCCUCAAGAGCCUGGAGAGGAGGAGACCAGAGCAGUUAUGAAAUUUUGGUUAAUCUCUUACUGUUGGGGUCAUAGAAACCAUGUAGCAAAAAGCAAUAUAUUCAAGCUUCAGGACUGCUGGGCAUGCCCAGCAGAAGGGCAGAUGGCUCUUUUUUUUUUUUUUUUUUUCUUUUUUUUUGGUCCCCUGUGUAGCAAGCUGUUUUGGUGUUAGGCAUGCAUCUUUUAUACACUGUAUAUUUUAUACUCUCUUUCCCUUUUGGGCUUGAACAAAACAUUUACAUAAAUUCUUUUCUAUCCAAACAGAUUGAAGCUUGAAAUUGUCGGCUUGUUUA